AUACCUUGAAUAAAGGAACAGAGUAAUUACUUCUGAUUCAUGCUUGUUAGCUCUAAAUGGGAUACAAGAGUGAUUGGAGUGUCUUUCUGAGGGAAGAAGGCAGAGGACCAGGACAGAGGAAGUCCUGCACGGAAACCCUAGGGACAGUGAAGCUUGGGGAGAAAGUGUAGGCUCAAGUUUGUGUUUUGGCAUCAUGUUUCGCAAAAAGAAGAAGAAACGACCUGAGAUCUCUGCUCCGCAGAACUUCCAGCAUCGGGUCCACACCUCGUUCGAUCCAAAGGAGGGUAAAUUCAUUGGCCUGCCCCCUCAAUGGCAGAAUAUUCUAGACACUCUAAAACGUCCAAAGCCAGUUGUAGAUCCUUCAAGAAUCACCAGGAUGCAGCUUCAACCUAUGAAGACUGUAGUGAGGGGCAGCAGCAUCGAAGUGGAGGGAUAUAUCUCUGGGAUACUGAACGAUAUUCAGAAGCUUUCUGUCAUCAGUUCCAACACUCUAAGGGGAAAGAGCCCGACCAGCAGGAGGAGAGCCCAGUCACUUGGACUUUUGGGAGAGGACAGGCUCCCAGACAUGUAUCUUCAGAGCCCUGAGGUUGACUGGGAAGACAAAUAUGGAAACUACCUCAACUGCAAUGGUGGAAGCAAAGCAGCCCGAAGGCAGACUAUGUGGCCAGAUUAUAAACCCAGGAUGGAUGGGCAAUCUCAUCCCAAUGGUAUGGUAAUGAAAGCAAAGUCCCUUGGGCCUUCAGAAUUCCAAGGUGAGGAUGGGCGCUGCAUCCAGCUCACUUCAGUUUCGCAGCACCAACAGCACACCUAUGUUCUGGUUGGGAAGAGUGAUAAGGCUGAAAGAAGAAGCUCAGAAUGCUGGCCCCAGCCUUGCCUGGUGGCACAAGUGAAUCCCAGGCCUUCUGGGGAGGGCAGCCCUUGUCCCAAAUCGAGGGAAAACAGCUUGAAACGGAGGCUGUUACGAAGUGUGUUUCCCUCAUCCGGUGACACAAAUAAGUCAGGCCCCACCCUGCAGAUUAAGUCUAAUGCUUUCUUCAGGCCCCAGCAAUGGGGUUCUCCACGCAGCCCUUCAACCAAAGCUCAGUCUCUUCCGCCUGAUCAGCCAGCACCAGAUUUAACCAGGAUGAUUUCAGAAGCUGGUACCCCCCAGAAGAGCCCAACUGAGAGGGCAACUACAUUGCCACAGGGCAGGCCAUCACCAGCAGGAUCCCCCCGAAACAGACACACACAGACCAGUUCCAGCAACCUUCACCUCUCCCAAGAUUCUUCCACUAAAGGACAGUUGGCCAAUGAAGACCCUGUGGUCGUGACUCAUGAGCAGUUCAAGGCCGCACUCCGAAUGGUGGUGGACCAGGGUGAUCCCCGGACAUUGCUGGAGAACUAUGUAAAGAUUGGUGAAGGAUCCACAGGCAUUGUCUGCAUCGCUCGUGAGAAGCAUUCAGGGCGACAGGUGGCAGUAAAGAUGAUGGACCUGAGAAAGCAGCAGCGACGGGAACUUCUUUUUAAUGAGGUGGUGAUAAUGAGAGACUAUCAGCACGUCAAUGUGGUGGAGAUGUAUAAAAGCUACCUGGUGGGAGAGGAACUCUGGGUGCUCAUGGAAUUUUUGCAGGGAGGAGCCCUCACCGACAUUGUCUCUCAAAUCAGGCUAAACGAGGAACAAAUUGCAACAGUGUGUGAGUCAGUGCUGCAAGCCCUUGCGUACUUGCAUUCCCAGGGUGUGAUUCACAGAGACAUUAAGAGCGACUCCAUUCUCCUGACCCUUGAUGGAAGGGUGAAACUCUCAGAUUUUGGCUUCUGUGCUCAGAUCAGUAAAGAUGUACCAAAAAGGAAGUCCCUGGUAGGAACUCCAUACUGGAUGGCUCCGGAGGUUAUUUCAAGGGCCCCAUACACUACUGAGGUGGAUAUCUGGUCUCUAGGGAUCAUGGUGAUAGAGAUGGUGGAUGGAGAACCCCCCUAUUUCAGUGACUCACCAGUCCAAGCAAUGAAGAGACUCCGUGACAAUUCUCCUCCUAAACUGAAAAAUUCUCACAAGACUUCUCCAGUUCUGAGAGACUUCCUGGAACGGAUGUUGACACGAGAUCCCCUAGAAAGAGCAACAGCACAAGAGCUUCUGGAUCACCCCUUCUUGCUCCAGACUGGACUUCCAGAGUGCCUAGUCCCCCUUAUUCAGCAGUACAGGAAGCGCACCUCCACCUGCUGACUCUGCACAUGGGGAAAAGCCAGUAUCCCAGCACUGGAAAUGCAAUUUCUCUACUGGAAAUACUACUUGUACUUGACCAAGACUCAAGCAGUGUCACUCUGCGAACAGUGCUUAGAACUUGUCAGUAUUUUUUUUGGAAGUAUGAAUGUGAAAAUUCCCCCCAGCCUUUAGCUGCUUCCCUUUUGCUGAAGACAAUCAAGUCAGACCCAUUAUCUCUCAAGAACAAAACAGAGGCAUUACAUGGCUUCCGGAAUCUCGUAUUUCUCUUACAAGAAUGGCAUUUUAAAGAUGUUUGAAUUUGUAUAUUGAAGGGUCUGCAAACUCUGGAAAAUUUUAACUACUGGCUAUCAAAUUGGAACUAUAUUCCCCAAACAGAAAUGUGAUCUUUGUUUUUUAAUAUUAGUUGUACACUGGAGUCCUGAGCUGACCCAAAAGAGACGCAUUUUGGGGCACCAGCCUUCUAAAAAAUCCUAUCUUAAACAAUGCACAAGGAUUUCAACACUUUGAGACUUUCUCUUAUUAUUUUAUCUCAUUCCACAUGUGUGAACAUCAUUGGGCCUGAAAAAGCUACCUGGAGGGCAGAUGUAAUGUAUCUUUGGUUGGUUUCCAACUUCCUUCUUUGCAUCAAACUGCUUCAUUUCUAUGGAGAAUAUAUGUGGUUUAACAGGACAAAAAGGUGGUCUGUCUUGAGUCGACUGCAUGAUCUUAGAUGUGUGGAGGGAUGACGCUCCUUGGCACAGGCCUUCUCUAAGUGUCUCUCUCCUCUAUAGAGAAUAUACUGCCUGCCACCAGAAUCCUAUGGCUGAAGCUUCAUAACAUGUAACACCACUGCAUUCUCCAACACUGACUCAAAUGGGAGGCAAAAUGGUGUUCUCAGCAGGAAGGGUUUAAGAAAGCUUGUCCCAGGGUCUAGGUCCCCCUGGGUACAUUGGAUUCAUAUCAAGCAAUGCUAACAACUGUUAGGUAGCACUUUGUACCAUUGUGAAUCCUGUAACAGGCUCAAUAAAAAAAAUUAAGAUGUCCUGUCAAUUCCACUGGAAGAUGUUUGUUUUCUUGGUGAGAACGUUUGGCUUCCACCUCCCAUGUUUUGUUACAGUGAAGGGUGGGGGGGGGGGGAGUGGUUGUGUGUGAUUUGUUAUUGGCAUGUCCUUGCUGAUAUGUCUGAAGGUUUCUGUUUGUCUAAGGAGCCCCUUCAAUCUCUUUUAAAGUAAAUUUAGAAUUUUGUAUAAGCUCAUUUACCAGUGAGAUAGUCACGGUCAUUUUGACUCCUGGGUCAGGUUUUAACAUGUACAAUAAUGUGUUUAAAGUCAUGCAGAUAUCUGGAACUUAGUCUUAUCUGUGAAACUGGGAUCCCAUUUUGCAGCCAAACCAUAAAGAUCAUAGAAAUUUGGAUUCUUAUAGGGCACCCCAACUACCUAAAAAAUUAACCUAAUAAUUGAAUUAGGAGGUUUUUAGCCUCCUCUUUCCCUCUACCACUUUCCCUGUUACAGAUCUUGCUAUAGGACUUUUAGCUGUAAUAAAUAACUUGAAAUCAUCUAGCCACCUGGAUGAAACUUUGAUGCAAAAAAUUUCUGUAUUUCCAGGUAUCCUGUCUUUUUAUGCAAAAGAGCAGAGCCUUUUUAAACAGGCUUAUAAUUUGAAACUGUCUAUAUUUGUGAAUUGUUUGCACUUGUGUUUUAAAAUAAAGUAGAUCUUGAGCUAUU